ACGUACAAAAAUCUGCAAUGCAGUCUGGGAGCUGUCAGUUGGAUUGUUUGGGCUUUGUGACUGUAUCCAGGGGCUGAUAAUUGUGGCAGCCGUUUAAAUCACCAAGGCAAACACAAGGAAAGCUAUGAAUAAUGUAGAUAUGAUUAGCUAUAUCUUACUGGCUCGCAAGCCUUCUGUGUCUUCAUGACAAGUGUCACAGACUGCUUAAUCGAGUGACACCGGGGCCCAGCGCAGCGCAUCAGCAGCAACAUAACGAAGAAGAGUCGGAAUCGGAAGCUAACUAGCUUGCUUAUGAUACAGCUGCUGACAGCUGUGUCCUUUAUCCGUUAGUCGUUUUCUGAAUAGUCUCAGUUGUUCAGCAAUAUCAUAAUAACGGGGUGAUGCGUGUCGGUGAGCCCGGUGUUGCCCUGUAGCCGACCAAUCAGCGGGGAGGAUGAACGCGGAGGAGGUGGAGCUUCUGAGCGACUCCAAGUACAGGAACUAUGUGGCAGCCGUGGACAAGGCCCUCAAGAACUUUGAGUACUCCAGCGAAUGGGCCGACCUCAUCUCAGCACUGGGCAAGCUCAACAAGGUGCUCCAGAACAAUGCCAAGUACCAGGUGGUGCCUAAGAAGCUGACCAUCGGCAAGCGCCUGGCCCAGUGUCUCCACCCGGCGCUGCCCAGCGGCGUGCACCGCAAGGCCCUGGAGACCUACGAGAUCAUCUUCAAGAUCAUCGGGCCCAAGAGGCUGGCCAAGGACCUGUUUCUCUACAGCGCUGGGCUCUUCCCGCUGCUGUCCAACGCAGCCAUGUCCGUGAAGCCAGCGCUGCUGGGCCUGUACGAGACCUACUACCUGCCCCUGGGGAAGACCCUCAAACCAGGCCUGCAGGGCCUGCUCACCGGGGUGCUGCCCGGCCUGGAGGAGGGCUCCGAGUACUACGACAGGACCAACGCCCUGCUGGAGAAGGUGGCGGGGGCGGUGGAGCAGUGUGCCUUCUACAGCGCCCUGUGGGGCAGCAUCCUCACCAGCCCGGCCGUGCGGCUCCCGGGCGUCACCUUCGUCCUGCUGCACCUCAACCGCAAGCUGUCCAUGGAGGACCAGCUCUACGUCAUGGGCAGCGACAUCGAACUCAUGGUGGAGGCGGUGAGCACGUCCGUGCAGGACUCCAGCGUCCUGGUCCAGAGGAGCACGCUGGACCUCAUCCUGUUCUGCUUCCCCUUCCACAUGAGCCAGGCCACCCGGCCCGACAUGAUCCGCAUCCUGUCGGCCGCCCUGCACGUGGUGCUGAGGAGAGACAUGUCCCUCAACCGCAGGCUGUAUGCCUGGCUGCUGGGCUUCGACAACAACGGUGUGAGAACAGGUCCACGCAGCACCCGACAGAGCAACCCUGAGGAGCAUGCCACUCUAUACUUCAACACCUACUCAAAGGACAUGCUGGUUCAGGCGAUGGUGGAGAUCCUGCAGGGCAAGGCGCGAGGAGGAGAGGAGGAGAGCGUCCUGAUGCACGACCUCAAGCCCUUCCGCAUUCUCAUCAGUCUGCUGGACAAACCAGAGCUGGGCCCAGCGAUCCUGGAGGACGUGCUGAUUGAGGUGUUCCGGACCUUACACACGCAGUGCCGUACCGAGCUGGAUCUGCAGAACCACAGCCCCUUCAGCAAGGACCACGCACAUCUCAGCAGCAAACUGCGUGAGAACAAGAAGACGGCUGAGCUGAUCAAGACGGCCAACCUGCUGUUCAACUCGUUCGAGCCUUACUACAUGUGGGACUACAUCGCCCGCUGGUUCGAGGAGUGCUGCAGGAGAACAGCCAAUGGCAACGCACAUCCCGCCAGGCUUGCAUGGAGCGUUGAGUCUCCAGAGCUUUCAUUGGUGGAGUUCUGUCAGCUGGUGGACUUCCUAUUGGACAUAGUGUCCCUGGAGACCUACAUCGAGAUCCAGACCGAGCACCUCCCCCUCCUGCUCCUGCGGAUGGUGGCGGCCCUCACCGGCCAGCUGCCCUCCCUGGGCCUGGGGGAGCUCACCCACUGCCUGCGCCUCUGCUCCAAGAUCCUCAGCAAGGUGCAGCCCCCCCUGGUGUCCCCCCUGGCCCUGCCCCCCGGCCCCUCCGGACCCAAGGCCCCCGCCUCAGCGAGGGACAAGGAGGAGAGACGGCCCCUCCCCACCACCCUGGAGCUGCCGGAGGAGGGCGAGGUGUUCGAGGGGGGGGCCACCCCCGCCGGCGGGCCCCCCUCCGAGGGCGUCUUCUCCGACUUCGUCCAGUACCAGGAGGGCGGCGGCGAGGGGCCGGACCUCGGCGGGCCCGAGGAGGCCCAGCCCUGCCACAGGACCAGCCGCAGGGGGCCCGGCCCGGCCAAGCCCCAGGACAAGCCCGUGAUGCAGAGCUGCCUGGAGCACUUCCAGCUGUUCCUCUCCCGCCUCAUCACCCUGUACAUCACCCCUGGGGAGGCCCAGGGGCGGGGGGAGGGCCAGGGGGGGGAGAUGGUGCGGGCAGGGCCCCCAGUUGCGGAGGUCGCCCAGCAGAAUGGGCAAGCGACACGACCAGGCCCGGUGGUACCGGGAGCUGCCCCGGCCACUCAGCCUGCCUCCGCCCCGGGCCAGAGGGAGUGUCUGCCGGCCUUCACCGCCGCCUGUCAGCUCUUUCUGGAAUGUUCCAGCUUCCCCGUCUACAUCGCCGAGGGCAACCUCAAGUCUACAUCCACCCUGGACGAGCGACCUGAUGGGGAGCAGGUGCGCCCGCCCGUCUGGCUGCAGACCCUGAUGGACGCAUGCUGUGUGGGCGGUGACUUCAGCCUGCAGGGCGUGGCCAUCUCCCUGCUCAUGGACCAGGUGGGCCUCACGCAGUCCGUCGCCAUGGUGUCCGCCGAGAGCAUCGGCGGGCCCGACUCCGCCCUACCCAUGAGCCCCAGCCAGGGCCGCGUCGCCGUGGUGAUCCGGCCGCCCCUCACUCAGGGAAUCUUGAAGUACAUCGCGGAGAAGACAGACUUCUUCAAGAGCGUAGCCCUGACCCUGUGGGAGCAGCUGGGGGAGGCCACCCCCCAGCACCACCAGCGCAGCGUGGAGCUCUUCUACCAGCUGCACAACCUGGUGCCCUCCUCCAGCAUCUGUGAGGACGUCAUCAGCCAGCAGCUCAUGCACCGGGACAAGUGGAUCCGUCUGGAGGCUCAUGUGAAGUUCUCAGUGUUGUGGCACCUGACCAGAGACCUAAACAUCACCAAGUCUUCUCCCUUCAACCGCACCUUCGACAGGUCUCUGUUCAUCAUGCUGGACAGCCUGAGCUACUGGGACCCGUCGGCCAGCGCCGUGGGCCGGGCCUGGCUCAACCAGGUCCUGCAGAGGCACGACAUCGCCCGCGUCCUGGAGCCCCUCCUGCUGCUCCUGCUGCACCCCAAGACCCACCGCGUGUCCGUCCAGAGGGUCCAGAACCAGCGGCACUGGGCCCAGGCCUGCCCCAGCCAGCCGGAGCACGACCCGUCCGAGCCCAUCUACAUGAGGGACUCGGGCUUCUCAGACAACUUCAACCAGAUUCAGGGCGAGUUCCUGAGGGCGGGCCCCGAGACCCUACGAGGCCUGCCAUUGGGUGACAUGGAGCCCUUCAGCCUGACGGUCAACCCUCUGAGCGACAGCCUGUCCCUGAUGAGCCUGAGCAGUGAGAACCUGCAGUACCAGCCCUCGGACCAGCAGGCGGAGCCAGGGAGCUCCGAGUCCAGCGCCUCCCGCUCCUCCACGCUGGACCAGGGCAGCUUCGAGGAGCAGGAGGGCGGGGGCACGGCUCUAGGGGGGCCGGACGCCCCCCCAGGGGACAGCCAGACCGGGGAGGAGGAGGAGGAGGAGGGUUCUAUUGAAGAAGUGGUGGCCUUAGUGCUAGCUGCUGUCAUAGACCAGGUGGUGGGGGAGGUGGAUGCAGGGGAGGUGGGGGAGGGGGACGAGGGGGAGGCGGAGCCCCCGACCCCCCCGGAGGCCUGGCCCCCGAGCGACUCGGACAGCUGCUCCUCGGACACCUCCACCGGGACCCCCCUCACCCUGGACCCCCCCGGGCCCCCUCCCCACCCCCAGACCCUCCCUGAGAUGCUAGCCGGGGGCACCCUGGAGUUCCUCUCCGUCGCCCUGGAGACGACGGGGGGCGCGGAGGAGGAGGCGGUGGGGGUGGGGCCUCGCGAGGUCAUGACCCGCCACAGCUCCUCCCCCUCCAUCGUGAUGCAGCCGGACGGCCCCUCCCCGCCGGACCACACCCUGCGGGUGGACGACGCCCAGGCGCGGCAACGCAGCCACAGCUCCACCCAGCUCAGCCUGCGGGGCAAGAUCCUGGAGCGGCUGGCCGACAAAUCGCCCGGCGCCAAGCCCAAGGUGAUGAAGAGGAGCCGGCGGAAGGAGGAGGAGCGCCACAGGAAGGCCCUGCAGGCCGAGAAGGCCCGCCCCCCCAGCAUCUUCUUCGGCGACAGCCUGGACCUGGAGAACUGGUACAGCUGUGGCGAGGGCGAGGUGUCCGAGAUCGAGAGCGACGCUGGCUCGCCUGGCGCCGGCGGCGGCGGAGUCAGCCCGGGCGGUCGUCGUCCGUCGUCGGCGCCCCCCCCCCGCUUCAACAUCCACCCGCUGUAUCAGCACGUGCUGCUCUACCUGCAGCUGUACGACUCGUCCCGGGCGCUCCACGCCCUCUCCGCCGUCGCCGCCAUGCUGCGGGCGGCGCCGGCCGGCUUCGUGGGCGCCAUCGCCACCACCAGCAUCAACAACACGUACACGGCGCAGCUCAGCCUGCUGCAGAACCUGCUGGUGCGCCACCGCAUCGCCGUGAUGGGCAAGGACUUCUACUGCCCGCUGGCGCAGGACUCGUCGCACUCGCACGCGUACCGCAGCGCCAUGUUCCUGGAGAUCCUCAUCGCCCUCUGCCUGUACUUCCUGCGCAGCUACUACGCCGCCCACGUGGCCGCCGCCCCCGGCGACCUGGCCGGCAACCGGGCCAUGCAGCUCACCAGCCUGGAGGUGCUCACGCUGCUGUUCAGCGAGCUGGCCAAGGUGACGGACGGCUCGGCCAAGGGCUUCGCCUGCUUCAUCGGCGACGUGCUCUCCAAGUGCAAGGUGCAGAAGGUGCUGCUGCACUGCCUGCUGUCGUCCAUCUUCUCGGCGCAGAAGUGGCACGAGCAGCGGGCGGCGGCGGCGGCGGCGGGCGGCGCGGCCAACGCGCCGGCGACGGAGGAGGGCCUGUCGGAGGACAGCGUCAUCAACCUGUCGGAGGACCAGCUGGACGGCUGCAGCGCCGUGCAGUCGCAGCUGCUGCGCCUGCUGCAGAGCCUGGUGGUGCUGGAGCGCGGCGUGCUGGGCCCCGGCGACGAGGCCGGGGACGGGGGCGGGGAGGAGGGGGGCGGAGGAGGAGGAGGAGGGGGCCCCGGGGCCGGGUUCGAGCUGCUGGGCGGCGACGUGGAGCAUGUCAACCCGCAGCAGCCGAUGACGUCGCUGCAGUACCUGCACGGCCAGCCCAUCACGGGCCAGGGGAUGUUCCUGUGCGCAGUCAUCCGGGCGCUGCACCAGCACCACGCCUGCAAGAUGCACCCCCAGUGGAUCGGCCUCAUCACCGCCACCCUGCCUUAUAUGGGCAAGGUCCUGCGGCGGGUGGUCGCCUCGGUAACGCUGCAGCUGUGCAGGAACCUGGACAACCUGAUCCAGCAGUAUCGCUAUGAGACGGGGAGCACUGACAUCAGACCCCAGUGGAUGGCCCUGUGCAUUCCCCCAGACCUCAUCCUGACCGUGCUGGAGGGAGUGACCGCCAUCAUCCACUACUGCCUGCUGGACCCCACCUCCCAGUACCACCAGCUCCAGGUGAGCGUCGACCAGAAGCACCUGGCCGAGGCCCGGUCAGGCAUCCUGUCCAUCCUGCACACCAUCAUGGCCUCCGUCACCCUGCUGUGGAGCGUUCUCUUCCAGGCCGACAGCUCUGAUAGGCCGGCGGCAGCCUGCGCCGCCUCCACCUCCAACAUCAACCUGGGCUCCACCAAGAACCUGCGUCAGCAGAUCCUGGAGCUGCUGGGGCCCAUCUCCAUGAACCACGGGGCUCACUUCAUGGCCGCCAUCGCCUACGUCUGGAACGAGAGGAGGCAGGUCAAGACCCCCGCCAGGAACAAGGUGAUCCCGGCGGCCAGUGACGAGCAGCUCCUAUUGGUGGAGCUGGUGCGCUCGGUGAGCGCCAUGCGGACGGAGACGGUGAUGCAGACGGUGAAAGAGGUCCUCAAGCAGCCGCCCGCCAUCGCCAAGGACAAGAAGCACCUGUCUCUGGAGGUGUGCAUGCUGCAGUUCUUCUACGCGUACGUCCAAAGGAUCCCAGUCUCCAGCCUGGUGGACAGCUGGCCGUCUCUGCUGGCUCUGCUCAAGGACUCUGUCCAGCUGGGGCUGCCUGCGCCUGGACAGUUCCUUAUACUGGGAGUUCUAAAUGAGUUUAUUCUGAAGAACCCUAACCUGGAGAGCAAGAAGGACCAGAGAGAGCUGCAGGAUGUGACCCAUAAGAUCGUGGAGGCCAUCGGCACCAUCGCCGGCUCCUCCCUGGAGCAGACCACCUGGCUGAGGAGGAACCUGGAGGUCAAGGCCUCCCCUCAGAUAGUGGUGGAGGGGGCCAGUUUGGAGACAGACGUAGAGGACCUUAUGCUGACAGUGAUGGAAGCGUCCAGCUUCACCCCAUCUGUGUACAGCGUGCACGCCCUUACUCUGCUCGCUGAGGUUCUAGCACACCUGCUGGACAUGGUGUUCUACAGUGAUGAGAAGGAGAGGGUGAUCCCCCUGCUGGUCAACAUCAUGCACUACGUCGUGCCCUACCUCCGCAACCACAGUGCCCACAACGCGCCCAGCUACCGUGCGUGCAUCCAGCUGCUGAGCAGCCUCAGUGGCUACCAGUACACCCGGCGCGCCUGGAAGAAGGAGGCCUUCGACCUCUUCAUGGACCACACCUUCUUCCAGAUGGACUGCUCCUGCGUCAGCCACUGGAGAGCCAUCAUUGACCACCUGAUGACCCAUGACAAGACCACCUUCAGAGACCUGAUGACGCGCGUGGCCGUGGCCCAGAGCAGCUCUCUGAACCUGUUCACUAACCGAGAUGCAGAGCUGGAGCAGAGAGCCAUGCUGCUUAAACGCCUGGCCUUCACCAUCUACAGCAGCGAGGUGGACCAGUACCAGAAAUACCUUCCUGACAUCCAGGAGCGUCUGGUGGAGAGUCUCCGGCUGCCCCAGGUUCCCAUCCUGCACGCUCAGGUCUUCCUGUUCUUCAGAGUGCUGCUGCUUCGCAUGUCCCCCCAACACCUCACCUCUCUCUGGCCCACCAUGAUCACCGAACUGGUGCAGGUGUUUCUGCUGAUGGAGCAGGAGCUGCUAGCGGAUGACGAUAUCUCCAGGACGUGUGGUCCGUCGGCGGCCGGUCUGGAGACCACCUACUCUGGAGGGAACGGUUUCUCCACCUCCUACAACAGCCAGCGCUGGCUCAACCUCUACCUGUCUGCCUGCAAGCUGCUGGACCUGGCCCUGGCCCUGCCCUCCGAGAGCCUGCCCCAGUUCCAGAUGUACCGCUGGGCCUUUAUCCCGGAGGCGUGUGACGACGCUGGCCUGGAGGUCCGUCGUCAGGGAACCCACCAGAGGGAGUUCAAACCCUACGUGGUCCGCCUGGCCAGGCUGCUCAGGAAGAGGGCCAAGAAGAACCCAGAGGAGGACUGCUCCAGUCGGAGUCUCUCCUGGGAGCCGGGACACCUCCUCCUCACCCUCUAUGUGAUCCGGAGCAUGGAGCAGCUCCUCCCCUUCUUCAACCUGCUCAGCCACAUGUCCAAUAGCAAGGUCGGCAGCCGUUCCGGUCCCGCCCCCAGCCCCACUCCCAGCCACGCCUCCACCUCCAGCAAGGACGGGAAGCUGGAGAGCCAAAAGGUGUUCUGGAGCCGCGCGCGUCAGGACAUCGAGGAGAUGGUGGAGAAGGACUUCCUAGAGGGACUUAUCAAGACGUGAACCCCGAGGAACUUCAUCAGGAAGGAAGCGUCAAGAAAUGUAAAAUAAAAAAGGCGUUUUUAAUGUUCUAAAGGGAUAUCUACUGCUAUACUAGGAGCCAAAGGCAGCUCAAAUAUGCUCCCUUCCUCGCUGAGCAACAGGAAGUUGAGAGGAAGUACUUGAAUAAGUAGACAGGAAGUAGACUAUAAACACUAGUGAAAUAACCUCAAACCUGUACAUAUAAGGGAAUAUCAAAAACAAAAAAGUUUGUACAUUUUUUUCCUGUUUUUGUAUUUAUAUCGACUUGUAUUUUACUUUUCAAAAGCUAUUCUAUUUCGUUUUAAUGAUUUGUAUAUAGGGGCAACUGUGCUAACUGACUUAAACAUGCUGUGUGGAAGUCCACUGGGGCUUGUGUUUCAUUCCAUAUUAAUGUGACUUAUGAAAUAAAGACUUGGAGGAGGCACAGCCUCGGCUCUGUCUCUACCGCACCUGGGUCUGUUACAUUAAUAAGUGACUGGAAAUGAAUAAUGACAGGUUUGUUUUGUCUCACUCCUGGCCAAUGUAGUAGCCAACUGGUAUAUUGCAGCAAGAGAAAUAAACCGCUA